GCAGCCAAUGGGUGCACUCUUAAAGAUGGCGGCACCUUGCAUACUUGUGCCUUAAGGCCUAUGUACAUCUAUGGGGAAGGAAGCAAACUAAUUUCCCCCAUUGUGAAGAGAGCCCUCACAACCAAUGGUGUACUGGAAAAAACAGGCCCAUUUUCUCUGGUCAACCCAGUCUAUGUGGGCAAUGUGGCCUGGGCCCACAUUCUGGCCUGCAGAGGCCUGAGGGAUCCCAAGAAGGCACCAAGCAUCCAGGGGCAGUUCUACUUCAUAUCAGAUGACACACCUCCCCAAAGCUAUGAUGACUUAAAUGAUACCCUGUGCAAAGAAUGGGGCCUCCGCCGCGACUCCAGGCCCAGCCCUCCUCUCUUCCUGAUGUACUGGCUUGCCUUCCUGCUGGAAGCAGUGAGCUUCCUGCUGAGCCCCAUCUACACAUACCGACCCCCCUUCACCCGACAUUUACUGGUACUCUCAAACAGCGCGUACACCUACUCCUACAAGAAAGCACAGAGGCAUCUUGGGUAUGAGCCCCGCUUCUGCUGGGAGGAAGCCAAGCAGAAAACCACAGAAUGGGUUGGUUCACUUGUGAAGCAGCACAAGGGGACACUGAAGUCAAAAGCUCAGUGAUGUGGGGGUAGCCAUCUUCCCAGCCCCCACUUUAUUAUAUUUUAUGUUUAAAAUUUCAAAUAGUUGUACAGGGGAUUACGGUUUAACAUGUCCAUUUAUAUUUCCAAGGCUUCUCAAUCAGUCACCCUUUCC